AUGUACUUCCUGCUCAGCCAGUUGUCCGUGAUGGACACUGUUUUCAUUUGUAGCACUGUCCCAAAGCUCCUGGUUGACAUGGUUUCUAAGGAGAAGACCAUUUCCUUUGUGGGCUGUGGAAUCCAGAUCUUCCUCUAUUUGACCAUGAUCGGUGCAGAGUUCUUCCUCCUGGGCCUCAUGGCCUAUGACUGCUAUGAGGCCGUGUGUGACCCUCUGCGGUACCCCGUCCUGAUGAACUGCAGGGUGUGUCUUCUGCUGGCUGCUGGUGCCUGGUUUGGUGGGUCCCUGGAUGGCUUGCUGCUCAUGCCCGUCACCAUGAAUUUCCCCUACUGUGUCUCCCACCUCAUCAACCAUUUCUUCUGUGAGAUCCUUGCAGUUCUCAGGCUGGCCUGUGCCAACAUAUCCUUCUAUGAAACCCUAAUGUACAUCUGCUGUGUAAUCAUGCUGCUCAAUCCCGUCUCUGUUAUUGCAGCCUCCUACUCCCUCAUCUUGCUAACCGUCCACCGCUUGCACUCCCCUGAAGGCCUGAGAAAGGUCUUUAGUACGUGCUCUUCCCACUUGACUGUGGUCAGCAUUUUCUAUGGGGCUGCCUUCUAUACACACAUAUGUGCUUCCCUAGUCCUUCCACACCCCUGA